GCCGCUUAGCACUCGGCGCCGCUCGCUUCUCCCGUCUCGCGGAAAUCCCGCCGCAGACGGACACAAUGGCGGCGGCGGCUGCCAGCACGGUCGCUCGCAGCGGCAGCGCCGGCACCGACGCCGCGGGCGCCAGCGGAUUGCAGCCGCAGCCCGAGUCUGCAGCGGCCGCCGCGCCGACCCCGCCGCAGCCGCCCGAUCCCCCCCGGAAGCCGCGCGUGGACCCGCGGCGGCGCCAGGCUGCGCUCUCCUUCCUCACCAACAUCUCGCUGGACGGACGGCCACCGCUGCAGGACGAGGAGUGGGGCGGCGGCGGCGGCGGCGACGAGGGCGGCGCGGCCAAGCCGGGCGCCGGCAGCGCCUGCGGCGCGAGGACUCGGCUCAGCCUGCUGGCGGCGGCCGCCGAGCGGGGCGGCCCCUGCUUCCUGCAGCCUUCGCUGCUGCCGCCGCCCCUGACUCCGGGCGGCCACGCCACCGUGCCGGGUCCCGGGGCGACGCGGGCGCUCGCGAGCGCGCUGGGCGCCGGCCGCGCCUCAGGGGAGCAGUGGCAGCUGCCGCGGCCCGCGCCUCCCGCCGCCUGUGCUUCGCCGCAGCCGCCAGACGGGCCCGGGGACGCCGGGCAGGAGGAACUGGAGGAGGACGAUGCUUUUACCAGCGUGCAGGUGCCGGCGGCAGCCUUCUUGGGUUCCGGGACUCCCGGGAGCGCGAGCGGCAGUCGGGGCCGCCUCAACUCGUUCACUCAGGGAAUCCUGCCCAUGGCCUUCUCCAGGCAGACCUCGCAGAACUACUGCCCCCUGGAGCAGCCCAGCCAGGGCGGCAGCACCAGCGCAUUCGAGCAGCUGCAGAGGUCCCGCCGUCGCCUCAUCUCCCAGCGAUCAUCCUUGGAGACCCUGGAAGACAUUGAGGAGAAUGCCCCUCUCCGGAGAUGCCGAACUCUCUCAGGUUCACCCAGACCAAAGAAUUUUAAGAAGAUCCAUUUCAUCAAGAAUAUGCGGCAACAUGAUACCAGGAAUGGCAGAAUAGUCCUUAUCAGUGGCAGAAGAUCCUUGUGUAGUAUAUUUUCCGUGCUGCCGUAUCGCGACAGUACCCAGGUCGGGGACUUGAAGCUGGAUGGAGGGAAGCCAUCAGCAGGUGCCAUGAGUUUGAAAGAGAUCAUUGGUCUCGAAGGUGUGGAGCUGGGUGCCGAUGGGAAGACCGUUUCUUACACCCAAUUUCUGUUACCCACAAAUGCCUUCGGAGUCCGGAGAAAUACCAUAGAUUCCGCCUCUUCCUUCUCCCAGUUCCGUAACCUGAGCCACCGUAGCCUCUCCCUGGGCCGGGCAAGCAGCACCCAAGGGAGCCUGGACACAGGUAGUGACCUAGGAGACUUUACGGACUAUGACCCGAAUCUCUUGGAUGACCCCCAGUGGCCUUGUGGCAAGCACAAGCGAGUUCUCAUCUUUCCUUCAUACAUGACCACAGUAAUAGACUACGUGAAGCCCUCAGAUCUCAAGAAGGACAUGAACGAGACCUUCAAGGAGAAGUUUCCUCACAUUAAGCUGACACUCAGCAAGAUAAGGAGCCUGAAGCGAGAGAUGCGCAAGCUAGCCCAGGAGGACUGUGGCUUCGAGGAGCCCACGGUGGCCAUGGCCUUUGUCUACUUUGAGAAGCUUGCCCUGCGUGGCAAGCUGAACAAACAGAACCGGAAGCUGUGUGCCGGAGCCUGUGUGCUGCUGGCAGCCAAGAUUGGAAGUGACCUCAAGAAGCAUGAAGUCAAGCAUUUGAUCGAUAAACUGGAAGAGAGGUUCCGGCUGAAUAGGCGGGAGCUGAUCGCCUUUGAGUUCCCGGUGUUGGUGGCCUUGGAAUUUGCACUUCAUUUGCCAGAGCACGAAGUCAUGCCGCACUACAGACGCCUGAUCCAGAACUCCUAGCACAGGGCCCCGGGGAGGGCCAGGGAUCACCACCUCUGAGCUCAACCGGGCAGCCCUCAAGUCCUGGAAAUACAAAAAAUAGGACUCACUGCUUCCUCGCCGCCACCCAUGCCGGAAGCCUUCCAGGGAGAAGGGAGCCGCACCCUGAUUACUACCCAGGAUGCAUGAGGCGACCAGUGCUGGGGACAGCAGAGGCUCAGCCGGAUGUUUCCCAGAGACACGCACUCUGAGAGUGCGGUCUCUCCAGACUGUUCUACAUGGAGCAUGAGGGAGAACUUGGAGGACUUGGGGUGGGGGUGGGGAAACUUUGAGAAGAGAUUCCUCCCGAGUGGCAAGACUGUGCCAGCCUGUUUUUGUAUCAGCCGUCAGAAGCACACUUCCCAUGGGGGCAUGUGAGGGUCCGAAAGAAAGAGAUGUCGCCACAGCUGCCCAAAUGCUCAGAGCCAGCGUGAGCCAGGUUUUGCUCGUGCAGUCACUUCUAGACACUUCUGGAGGUUGAUUACUCAGUACCAGAUCCUCAAUGCCGCCAGCCCUCGUUCACUGCUCUGGUGGGACCAAGACACGUGCUGGGCCUGGGCCAUGGCCCCUGUGCCUUUUUGCUGGGGGUCACCAUGCAUACCUGCGUGACCCGUGCCCCUUCGGCUGUGCUCCACAGGCUGGGUUUCUGUGCUCUAUGUUAGAGUGCGUAAGAAGCACAUUGAUCGUGCUGCCUAUAUAAACAGAGAAAAGUGUUUGAUAAAAGUCAGACGCAGGGCUGGGGCGCCAAGGCUCAUGCCAGUCGGGACGAACAUCUGCAACAGAGGUGGGGUUGACACAGAACACAGCAGCCCUGCUUGUUCCCACGACCCCCACCCGUGACCCCAGCCCUGUCCCGCCUAGGGCACUGGAACUGACACUGGUGGGAGAACCUGAACUGGGGCACAUCAUCAUGUCAUCAUCUCGCUGCCACAAGAUGCAGGUGCCAGCUGGGUGGUCUUGCUAAAGAAAGCCCAUGGCCA